UCUUCAGAUCAUAGGGCCUGUCUGAAUGUUUUGGGGGCGGAUGUUUUGGACAACGGGGGAGUGCCUUUCCAGUUUCAGGUGUUGCACUUUUGAUGUUUGUUCCUAAGUAGCAGGACCUGUCUAGGUUUGCAAGAGACUCGCUGGACUUAGCCGUCUUCUCUGUGAAAUACCUUGUACUUUUUGGUCCAGAUUUUUCAUUGGUCGCGAUGCUCCACGGUCACUUCUUGGUGCUUCUGUUGUGCCUGCCCUGCUUUGACCGAAGCCGAGCUGAGGAGAAAUCUGAGUCCAGCUCGCCUGGAGAGCUUAGCAUUGAGCGACUGAUUUCGACCGAAUGCGCAGAACCUUCAGCUUUAGGAGAUACGUUGCAUCUUCACUAUACGGGCAAACUUCUUGAUGGUCGAGUUAUUGACACCUCACUGUCACGGGAUCCACUUGUUAUUGAACUGGGAAAAAAACAAGUUAUACCUGGUUUGGAGCAAAGUCUUUUAGGUGUUUGUGCUGGAGAGAAAAGGAAAGUAACCAUCCCUCCUCAUCUUGCUUAUGGUAAACGAGGAUUUCCUCCAACAGUUCCAGGGGAUGCUGUUCUGGAAUUUGAAACAGAGGUGGUUGCCCUUUUCAAGGCCACAUACGGGCAGAAGAUUAUGAAUGACAUUCUGCCAUUGCUCUGCAUUGCAUUAGUUCCAACCCUGUUUGCACUGAUUGGAUACUACCUUUAUGCAAAGGCAAACAGCUCCAAGGUGUCAAAAAAGAAAUUAAAAGAAGAAAAGAAAAACAAACAGAAAAAAAAAUAAAGUUUUUAUAUAAAGUU